UUUCAGUUGUUGUGAUGAGAAGAAAACAUUAUUAUUUUUCUAGUUUUUAUUUUGUUUUGAGCGUUUAAAAACGUCGGGGAAAUGCUCUAAAAAACCAGAGUGACGCGAGCUUUCCGAGCAAACUGUAAGAGUGUUAGAUCCGUGCGUUUGAAAGGCAAACGUUCAACGAGACGCGACUAGUGGGAAAGCCAAAGAAAGGCGAAGGAAAAAGAGAAUAGAGAAAAAGUAGCGCAGUUUCCACAUUUCCACAGUCUGUUCGGUGCGUUCAUGUGCGUGUAUGUUAAAACGGGUGAUGUCGCCUGCAAACUGAAAUUUCGAAACGCACUGGAAGUCGCAGUCCAAAACGAAAACACAAACGCGCAAAACGAUAAGCAAUAAAACGCCAAUUGAAGCAUUUACAUACCAUAUACAUAAAUAUAUGUACACGAUUAGACUAGUUUGUUAUCCCUAGCCAGAGCUACUGCCCCCAAUUACUGCUCUCUCAUAUCCUGGCUAGAUCCAUACCUAACAAAAUAAAAAACAAAACUAACCAAGAAAACGCAUUGAAACGCAUUCCAAUUAGUAGCUGCGGGCAGCCUGCCUUUGCCUGCAUUACCAUAUAGUUCUUAAGUGUACUGCGUCCACCACCGGAAAAAAUGGCGCCGACAACAACGAUUGAGACCAUCACAAUCACGAGGCCACUCAAGGUGAUUGCAUUUAUAUGUGGCGUAAUUGUGGUGGCCCUCAUGGUCAUGGCCCUGGCCUCAACAGAUUGGCUGAUGGCCGCUGACUGGCGGCAAGGCCUAUUUGUGCACUGCAUUGAGGAUGAUUCGGUGGCGCCGCUGCCGUUUAACAUACAGGAUCCACCUGGCUGCUACUGGACACGCGAUAUAGGUUAUAUCAAGGCCACGGCAGCGCUCUGCAUUAUCACAUUGAUAACAGAUGUCAUUGCUACAGUGCUGACCGGCCUGGGCCUAAAAACACAGAAUCAUAAUCUAAAAUAUAAGUUCUAUCGCAUAGCGGUACUGGUGAUGCUUGUUUCCUUGCUGGCCGUACUGUCCGCCUUGAUCGUGUAUCCUGUGUGCUUUGCCGGCGAGCUGACCAUGGCCAAUCGUCGAGUUUGGGAGUUUGGCUGGGCAUAUGGCGUGGGCUGGGGCGCUGCCAUCUUUCUGUUUGGCGCCGUUGUCCUGCUGCUCUGUGACAAGGAAUCGGAGGAGAUCUACUACAAGGAGAGGAAGAUCGUACAUGAAAACCAAAUGCGCGCCUAGGCAAGGCCGCACGACCUGCCUGACGUCGUUCUUUAGAUCUUAAGUAUAUAGCAGCCAACCAACACACAGAAACACAGAGGACACACAUAGAUUUCGAUUCAAAUCAGAACACACGAAAGUGAGAACUUAAAACAAAGGCAAUUUGCAGCUAAACAAAAAUACUUUUGUUAUAAUUAUGAUUGUGUAUAUGGACCCGUUAUCAAACAAAAACAAAAAGAAUCCGUUGCCAUCCAUCCAUUCCCCAACCAGCCCUCCCCCUCUCAUAGUACAAGGCAUUUGUUUAGAUCAUGUUUUUGUCACACAAUUAGUUGAAUUAGUGUUUAGUUUCGAAAGGUAUCAAAAACACACACAUGACAUCAUGACAUAUAAAUCUAGAAAUUCAGAAAGCUAAUCACAUUAAUCCCCCCAUUAAAUAUGUAUGUAUGAAUGUAGUACUCGUGUACAAUUGUAUGCAUGUCAUGCCCAUGUAACCAACGUUUUAGUGUAUUCUUUUGGUAGAAACGUGGACAGAGGCAAGCCUGAAAUUAGGCCUUUUCCACACACUAAGCAAUAAUCACACGCAUAAGCAUACGCAUAACAAAAUGUAACCCGUACUCAUCAUUGUAAUCUCUCACUCUCUAUCUGUCCCACUAUCAACGAAACGUGAACGGAAUCCAAAUUAGAAAUUAUAAAUGUAAUCGAAGGAAGUCUUAGAUAUUAGGACAUGGCCUCAGCCUUUGGAGACGAGACACCCACACACAUAAUCAUUGUUCCGCGCCGAUUACGCUUUCAAAAAUUGAUUUGUAUUUAAUUUUUUUUUUCUCGAAUAUUGUUUGUGUGUACUCGAAUAUUUGUUGCUUUUUUAUCACCUGUUUGCCCUGUUGUAAAAUAAUUUUAACCUGUACUGACUCAAGAGCUAUCAUGUCCGCCCCAAAACAGUUCAAUUAUUGUCUAAGUUCGUACUCUUUUGUAACCAACGAUAUUUAAUAGUUUAAUAAUUUAUUAAUUUGUGUUUUUACCACACACACACACCCAACAGA